GCAGUUUAUUUGAUGUGAACCACCCUGCAGAGGCGGAGAUGGUUUGGUCUGUAGUAGGUGGGACUGCCGAGCGGUCUGCAGCAGGACGUCGUAGAUCAAUGAACCGGACCGGAGGGUUGGUCCAUCGCCUGGUGAGCAUCUGACUGUAUAGAUGUGUCAGUAUACCUAUGCAGAACCGAGGCUUUUAUACUGUUAAUAACAAGCCCGUUCAGCAUGCGGAUGCUUUAAAACGACCGGUGAUUUUAUAGGCUCCUCACACCGCUCGGAUUCCGUCUCUUUAAACUGGCUCAUCGCUGCGAAUCUUUUGGAGGGGGAAAUAAAAUAUCAGUAACCUCCAGGAUGAUCUUUGCAAACACAGGCAACCCGCUGAAGACAGCCAAUCGUAAACAGUCGUACCCCAUGACUCCGUCCAGUCCCAGCAGCAGCAGCAACAGCAGCAGCACAGGCCUGGAGCAGCUCAGUAAAACCAACCUGUAUAUUCGUGGCCUGCCUCCCGCGACUACAGACCUGGACCUGGUCAAACUCUGUCACCAGUAUGGCAAGAUUCAGUCAGCAAAGGCAAUCCUGGACAAGACGACCAACAAAUGUAAAGGUUACGGCUUUGUGGAUUUUGACAGUCCUGCAGCUGCUUUGAAGGCAGUUCAUGCUCUGAAAACCAGCGGCAUACAGGCCCAGAUGGCCAAGCAACAGGAACAAGACCCCACAAAUCUGUACAUCUCUAACCUGCCUCUGUCUGUGGACGAGAAGGAGCUGGAGAACAUGCUGCAGCCCUUCGGCCAGGUUGUCUCCACGCGGAUCCUCAGAGACUACAGUGGAAACAGCCGAGGAGUUGGCUUUGCUAGGAUGGACACAACGGAGCAGUGCAAUGCUGUCAUCUCUCACUUUAAUGGAAAGUUUAUUAAGAUAGCUUCUGGAACUCUGGCUCCCUCUCAGCCUUUGCUGUGUAAGUUUGCAGACAGUCAGAGGAAGAAACAUGCUCACAGCGGGUUCAUUCCCAAUGGACAGACAGGAGAUCUCAGACUAGGAGCAAUGACUCUUACCUAUGACCCCUCCUCAGCAGCUAUACAGAAUGGGUACUAUCCUUCUCCAUAUCCAGUAACCAAUAGGAUAAUGACCGUACAGCCAGCCAUGUCUCCCUACAUGUCUCCAGUAUCUGCUUACCAGGUCCAGAGUCAUUCUUGGGUGGCACAUCAACCAUAUAUCAUGCAGCACCCGGCGGCUGUGAUGUCUCCCUCUGUGGAUCCCUCCAUGUCACUGCACCCUACAGCCAUGAUUACUCAGCAGAUGGGUCAGCUGUCUCUGGGAAACAGUGGAGCGUAUAUUUCAGCCAACCCCGCUGUCCAGGGAGCGUACAUGCCUCAGUAUCCUCCCAUGCAGGCACCACCUGAAAAUGGCACGCCGCAGCAAGUGGAUUCAUCCAACAACUCGUCUCCUUACAGUCAGCUCAGCAAGUAAUCACAGGCUUUUUACUGCUUCGUAAGCCUGAGGGCAGGUGUGAAGUUGCUGAUGACAUCAUCAUGAUGACAGUCACCGCCUUUUCUGAUUGGACCAGAUCUAUGAACUUUUUUUGCACAGCCCUGACAUUUGUGGUGGAAAAUGUGGACAGUGUAAAUGGACUCAAGCAGUUGGCUGAUCACAGAAAAACAAAAGAAAAACAAGAUUUAUUUUGAUAAGAAACCACAUGCUCUUUUUUUUCUCCUUUUUCAAGGAUUCUCAAACAAAAAGCCAGAGGACACCCCCACCCUUCACCUCCCAAACCCCACGCCCCCAGUAUGAUGUGAUAUUAAAAUGCAUGAGGACCCCCUCUCCCCUUACAGUUUCUUUGAUUUUGUAGUUCCUUUAUUUGUGAUGUAUGAAAAACCUUGCAAAACCUUGUUUGCACUGAGGUUUAAAGAUUCAGAAAACUUCAUUUUUGGUUUUCAAAGUUGCCGUACAAUAGCUUAAAAAAUUAAUUCAUGUACAACUGCACUCUACAGAUGACACAUGACCAUUUCAUUAGGAUUAAUGAAUUUAUCAUUGGAAAACGGUGCCUUCCUUACGUCACAUAAAACAUUCUGCAACAUGUUUUCAUUGAACUUGAUCAGGAGUCAUAUUUCUAUCUGGCUGAUCAAAUGCGUGAGUGAAAUCAUGAGAUUUCCAUCGGGUGUUUGGCUAUCCAAGUCUUCUGGUAGCAAUAAAGACAAUGAGAGUCCCACGGCAAUACUGAGAAAAAAGAACGGCGACAAACUCAAAGCAAGGUAAAUCCUUAUUUUCUCUCUUUCCUUUUUUAAACUUCAAGGUGUGAAAUUGAAAAUAGAGCCGUACUUUUAUGAAAUUACAAGUUUUACACCCAAUGUACAUCUUUUAGGAGGGUUUUUUUCUCUUGUGGUCGGUGUGACCAGUGAUCUACCUCAUGGUUCUGCUGGAGUCUACUGGUGUUUGUUGUGGGGUUUGCAGGUAAAGCCCCUUUUUUUUCACCACAGUGGACGAAGUAGAACAAAAAAAAAGCCAAGCUCAGGAGCUGGCUAAAUAGGACUUCUGCCGUUUGUCUCCAACAUGCAGCGUCUCUCUUCCUGAUCUGCAAAGACACAUUGUACUCUGCUUUACCUUUAUUUGUCAUUAUGUUCCGGUGUUUCUUUUUCUCCACAUGAUGAGUGUUGUUCAGUUUAUAGGAUCAAUUUUAGACAUUCUGACUAUUAGCUUCUCCUUGAAAUAGUUGGUUUAUAAACAAAUAAUUACAGGCUACAUGUGUUUAUUUGGUGCAUUCUUCUGCCUUUGCCCUUUAGACAGAUUGUAGAUGACAACACUUUUCCUACCCAUUUCUUUUUUUUUCUAUUAAAAAAAGACUAAAAGUCACUAUGUUGGGUUACAAUGCUACUGUAAAUCUCUCCAAAAGCAAUGCAAAAAGUUGGUUAUGUGGUUGUAAAGUGGCUUUAUGGUGAGAUGAGUGGAAAAUUUAGACUUUAUAGUAACUCCUGCAAUAUAAAUACAACAAUCAUGAAUGAAGUACUUCAGUAACUGCAGUAUUUCAUCAGAUUUGGAAAGAUUCUGGAAAGUUGAAGUCACAAGUCUCUCAGCAUGUGCUUCAGGAGUUGGCAGUCCAGAGUAAGAUUUGUAUAUUAUAAACCUUCAGGGCCAAAAGUGAAAAAUAAGUGAGUUCUAUUGUUUGAUUUGCAAUUUUAUCUUUAAUUUGACAAUUUCAAAUGUAACGACUGAAUAUGUGAGACAACAGAAAUGGUCAAAGCUGUAUGGUCACAGUGCUUUUCCCAGUUUAAAGUACUGUUGCAGUAAAUGCUUAAUACAGGAAAAUACAAGAAGCACCAGUAAUCAUGUUUUUACUGGGUGUACUUUCACAUUCUGAACAUAUUCUGCCGGGGGGGGGGAAAGAUUAUAAAAAAAAAGAAAAACUCUUGUACAUGUUAUCCUCAUUGCUUCCCCUUUCACCUUCAACUGAUUCUCAAACAAUCUUCUCCUUGCUCUCUCUCCUUUGAAAACAUUGGAAUAAAAAACAGCGCUGAAUAAAAGGCUCUUCUUUCUCA